AUGCCGGCAAUACUAUCAGGUUACUCUCAAGAGGGAAAUCAUGGGCUUGAGGCUAUUUUUGUCUUUAUUGAGAUGGUGGGAGAAUGGAUGGGGUUAGAUCAUGUCUCAUUUACUAGUGCAGUUUCAGCUUGCGGUCAUGAAAUGAAUUUAGAACUUGGGAAACAGAUACAUGGCUUGACAAUUAAAUCAGGAUAUGGAAAUGAUCAUGUUUCAUGCAUGAAUGAUCGCAACGUAGUGUCUUCGUCAACUAUGAUUUCAAUAGACGAAGACGAUGCCAUCUCUCUAUUUAAUGAGAUGAGAUUGGAUGGAGUAUAUCCAAAUGAUGUUACAUUUGUUGGACUAAUCCAUGCUAUAUCAAUUAGGAAGUUGGUGGAGGAAGGCGAAAUGAUUCAUGGUGUCUUGAGUGCAAUUGGUGAUGCUCAGGAUAUUUCUCUGAAAUUUGGCCAACGAUGCCACUCUUCCUUGAUCAAACUUGGAUUAGUGACUGGCCCAAUUAUCGCAGGUGCUCUUCUUGAUAUGUAUGCAAAGCGAGGAAGCAUUUGUGAGUCCAAAAGAGUUUUCAGUGAGACGCCUCAUAAAAGUCAGUUUGCAUGGACUGCAAUAAUAUCUGCACACGCUGGGCAUGGAGACUAUGACUCAGAGAUAGAAUUGUUCAAGGAGAUGAUAAAGAAGGGGUAA